AUGGUUAACCCGGGACCAAACCUACUAAAGUCUUGUUCUGUUCCAGACGAUGACUUGUCAGAGAUCAGUUCCGGGCGCGAGACUCCGGCCAGCGCCUCGUCCAGAAACGAUUUAGACGCCAUCGCCGGCGACGACAGGAAAAAGAAAAAGAAAACGAUCGGAAAAAAGAAGGAAAAGAAAACGAAGACCAAGAAGGAUCCCGAAGACCCGGACCGGAAGAAGAAGAAAGGAUUCGGACUGCUCAGAUUUGGAAAGAAGAAAGACGAUAAAACUAAAGGAUCCAAAACCAAACUGGACGCUCUGAGUGAAGAGGAGCUGGACAGGAUCCCAGACCGGAGAGACAGUCCUGAUUCGCGUUUUGCUGAAGUCCACUCCGGGCAUUUGACCCCGGAUUACGAGGACGAGGACAGUGACCCGCAUUACGCCCGGAUCAACGACUUCAGGCAGCACCCGACCGGCACCCUGCCCGCCCGCUACCGCAGCCGCUCCCCCUCGCCCGCCACGCCCGCCCUGGGGCAGAGACACGCCUCCGCCGACAACCUGGAGGAGCUGUACGCCAAAGUCCAGAAACCCCGGAAACAAGUGUACAACGACCCCAACCAGCCAGGACGGACGGCGAUAAUAACUCUCCCCCUCUCGUCGAAAACGGAGGAAAUGGGCCGAGUUAAAACCGCAGCGCUGGAUCCAAAAACUGGCAUUUGUAAUAAUCCCGAGUCCAAGUGGCUCAGAGAAACAGACGAGACACAGAGAAACCGCGGGCAGAGGAGGGAGCACCCAGUGUCCAGAGCGGUGCCAGGAUACGAUGAACUGGACGCAGCCCGACGCAGAGUACUCGAGUACGAUCCAAACCGGUCGGCGCCGAGAUCCAACGAGCUGCGUCCGUCUCAACACUACGAGGAUUUAGAUCGACAGUUCAACACUCAGACCAGGAGGGACCCGUACGACUACCCGAGGUCCACGUCCGACGACUCGAGCCCCUACGACCCGACUGCCCCCCGAGAGCGUCUCCCCCUGCCCCAGUCGUCCAACCAGCGCCACCAGAGCCGCGGCGCCCAGAACGACCACAGGGGGCGCCAGCCGCAGCAGCAGCACGACACCACCAGGAGGGAGGGACACCGACAGGCGAGUCCCGGCCGAUAUAUCGACGACCGAUACGGAUACGACGGACGACAGCCCGACCCGCGCAGGAAGAACCCCGUGAUCGGAGCCGUUUAACGUCGAAUAAUCCAACGCAGAGAAAGGAAAAGGUUUAAAGACGCACUGCGGAGCUUUUCCGAUACGUCACCAGUCCGUGUGUUUUCAAAAUAAAAUCAAAAAUAAGAAAAUGAAAAAACAACUUUGUUUUUUGAUAACGACUGUUUCCUGUUUCCGUGACUUAAAUUGAGACGCCGGACUGAACCAGGACUAAAACAGGACUAAACCGGGUCUGAACCAGGACUGAACUAGGACUAGACCAGGACUAGACCAGGACUGAACGAGGAUUAAGACAGAACUGAACCAGGACUAAACAAGGUCUAAAACAGCACUAAACCGGGUCUGAACCGGGUCUAAACUGGGACUGAACCAGGAUUGAACUAGGACUACACCAGGAUUAAAACAGGACUAAACUAGGACUAAACCAGGACUACACAAGGACUAAACCAGAACUAAAACAGGACUAAAACAGGACUUAACCAGGACUAAAACGGGACUAACCAGGACCGAAUUAGGACUGAACCAGGACUAAACCAGAACUGAACCAGGACUAAACUAGGACUAAACCAGGACUAGACCAGAACUGAACCAGGACUAAACUAAGACUAAACCAGGACUAUAAAAUUUAAACCAGAACAAAACAAACCCAAACAUUAUUUAAACGAAUAAUGAAAAUCAUUGUUUUUUCAUUUUCUUAUUUUUGGUUUUAUUUUGAAAAACGCAUGAACGAAUGAAGUACAUUUUACACUGAUACUUUUUACUUUUACUUUACGAUUUGAGUUUCUGUCCCAACUUCGACCAAACCAAAAACACAAAAACAGUGAGAAAACGUCAGAAAAAUUUAAUUACGUAAAAUCAGUAAAAAAAAUUGUCAAAAUCUGUACGUUUGAAGCUUUAAUUGUUCAGAAAAAUCAUCAAAAUACUUUUAAUUUUUACUCUUUAAGUACAUUUUU